CUGUAACAAACCACAACUCCCAUGAUUCCUCUGCGGCUUUUGUCAGACUCUACGUCACAUUGUCUGCAGCACCUUCGUGUUGGCUUUGUGCAGAAACGACGCGGAGAUGUUAGGGCGGACAGGACAGCGGAGAAACAUAUGAACACGCGCAUUUGAGGAGCAAAGAGGCAGGGAGCCAUGCAGAGUCCUACCCAGGAAAAUAGUGGGUCAAACCCAGUGACCACAGCACCCACAGAGCAACCACUGGACACUGGGACUGAGGCUCAGCCAGCACACAGUGAACCACAUGCAGAAGAGGAGAAGACUAAAUCUGCCGGUCCCGUUGAGACCGAAACAGUGAUCACACCACAGGAACAUCAAACAGGGGUGCAAAUGGAAGAAACACCUGCAACUGUGGCAUUCACACAAGCAGUGGAGAGAGAGACCGCUGUUCAGCCACUGAGUGAGCCUUCAGAAAACUCUGAGGGGAUGGAGAUAGACUCUCCUUCAAAGCAAAGUGCCCCCACAGACUCUGAUACAAAUACGGAUCCUCAGUGUGAUGGGCAAAUUGCAAAGACACAGGAGAAAGGUCUGCGUGAAAGUAGGAAAUAUGUUCCUUCCAAGAAAGCCAUGAAAGAUCCUCUGAAAAUUGACAUGUCCAAACCACUGGGCAUGCCUCUCUCAUCUUCUCAGCUCUCCCUGCAGUGCAUGGAGUGCCACAUAAUCUUCAGUGAUCACAAGAGCAAAGAGCGCCAUCUGAAGUUGAGCCACCCAGCACAAUAUGAGCAAUGCAUACUGAGGAAUGCCCUUUUCGCCUGUUAUGUUUGUGACCGCCACUUCACAAACUCCACAGAACUCAUGGCCCACCAAAAAGCCCACACAGAGAAGAAACCCUUCAAGUGUCCGAUCUGUGGCCUGGCCUUUAACAAGUCAUCAGAGCUCACCCUUCAUAAAAAAAUUCAUUUUGGCCGGGACGGUUAUGCCUGCACUGACUGUGGCAAACCUUGCAAAACGUUGACAUUACUUAAGUAUCACCGCCGCACACACACUGGAGAGAGGCCGUAUGUUUGCAAGGAGUGUGGAAAAAGGUUCACCAUGUCCAAAGCUCUGCAGAAACAUAUUUUGUCACACCUGCCAGAGGGAGCAGAAGACGAGGGAAACACCACAGCUAAACAGAACAAAACUGAUGGUGCUUCUGCAGUAAAGUAUUCUUGUUCCAUAUGCAAGGCCAAUUUCAAGACUACCAAGACACGGCUACAUCAUAUGAAAACUAAGCACAAUGUGCCUGCUGCAGCCAGUAAUGCCUUCCCACCAGGACAGCAAGUGAAACAAAGUACACCCAUUAUAACUCCAAUAUCUAUUUCCCAACCAGCACUACUACAGGUGGAGCCUAACGGACCUCUGCAAAAAGUUGAUGCCAAUAUUGACACAGAGCAGAUUCGCAGACUUAUUGAAUCUUUAGGAAAUGUGCAGAAAGUAAACCAAGUUGUCAUAUUGGGGCAGGUGCCCCCUCAUGCCCCACCACUGGAAGUGCAGCAGAUAUCACAGCUGGCAGAACCAGUCACUUUGAAUCUCAGUCCACCGCAGAUAGAUUUUCUAGGACUGAAACAGUCAGAAUCUAAAACAGUUGAAUUGGACACAUUAAACAACCAAUGUAAUUCACUGGAGCAAACAAUCAUACUGGAACCCAUUACACCAGAUGGACAGUUGGAAAACCCGUCUUUUUCAGAACUAGGUUCCAACAUAGCUGCAAGUGAAAAUAUAGAGCUAACACUAGUUCAGACUGAACAAACAGAGCAACCCCAGGGAGAGAUGAUGCAUCAGAUCCUUCAGCAGACCGGGAUUAGUGCAAUUCAUUCUGACCCUGCAGAUCAAAUGGUUUGUCAGAAUGAGGUAGCUGACCUCAAACAAAACUUUGAGCAAACAGUCAUAUUAGAACUUACCCCUGCUUUGAUACCAACUUUGGAGCUGGAACAAUCCCAAACUGUGCCACAAAAUGAAAUCCCAGCCUCCUCUCUGGUACCAACCACUGAACUGGAGAAGACUCCUGAUCUGACUCCACAUCCGACUGUAAUAGAUGAGCAGGAGACCAGCUUGUCAAUCCCACCUUUUAUGCCUACAGUAGAGUUGGAGCUGACACCUUUACAAACAGAGCAACAGGACCUUACUUCUUGCUCUUUUGUUCCACCAGACACACUUACACAAACUCCAAGUGAAUCUGAAACGAAUCCCAAAGAAGAAGUUGAUACACAGAUGCAAACAGUAAGUCUAGAUCAAGUCCAUCAUGUGAUGGAUGAAGCUGCACCACAAGAGACACAAGAAAAGGCUGAACAAGAGCCAUCUGAACAAGAGCCACCAGAGAAACUGCUAGUAGAUAGCAAGGAGGGUGAGGAGCAGUUGGAGAACCAGUCUCAAGUAGAGGAGACAUCUGCUAAAGAAGAGGCUCCAUUACAAGUUGAGACCAAGCAGGUGCCACAGAUCUCCGAGUUACCCAUAAAUGUAAUGUCAGCUCAAGAACUGGUGAAAGUGCGGAAAAGAAAGCCUGCCAGGGCAUUUAUAUUUCAAGGAUAUAUGCAAGAACUGGUUGGAUCCAUACACAAGGAUGAUUUACAAAUUGAGGCCAAACCUGCCAAACGCCAAAGAAGAAGAAAGUCUCAUCUUGUUGUUAAAUUUGGUCCACAAAGCAAAGAGAAGAAAAACAAGAAACAGAGGACGCUGCAGCAGCAGCAGCAGCAGCAGCAGCAUCAGCAUCAGCAUCAGCCAACACAGGAAGAAGAGAUAAGAACAAAUCUCUCAGACAGAAAAGCAGCAUCACAGAAGAAGGGAAGGAAGGGAAAAAGGAAAGUGGGGCAUUUGGUAUCUACAGCUGAAAUAAAAUCACCUUCAUCAACCCAGGACCCACAGGUGAAACAAAUCAAAGAGGAUACAAAAAAAAAUAAAAUUAAAAGGCAAAAAGAAGAAGUCAGGGAGGGUGUGACGCACAUAAGUGAACACAAAACUGUAGCUUCACCUGUAUUUAAAAAGAAAAAACAAGGAAAAAUAAUGCGAAAAGAUCAGACCAAGAAUGCAAAGGAUGGGAAGAGAAAGAAAAACCUGUCAAAGGAGGAAAAAGUCAAUACAAAAAAGAGCACAGAUUCGGCAGACAUACCUGGCCCGCACAUAAAGCAAGACUCUCUACUUCUACUGAAAGGUCAUAAACAGCCCCAGCUGAAAGUUUACAAACUGGACCCUUCAAAGACAUCAGGCCAGACACCGGAGACCCCACCUCAUGAGUUCCAAACAAUGUCCCAGCAGAGUAAAGACAACAAUCAUCCAACAAAUGAUCUCACAGCAGAAAGUAAAAAAAAAGGAGGAAGACCCAAAAAGAACCAGAAAGCUCUUUCGUUGUUGUCCUCACUGCAGGUUUCCCGUCAACCACCUGAGGCACUGCCCACCAAACCAAAGACCACCAGGAAACGUAAAGCCUCCUCGAAAGUAGAGACCGAAGGAAUAAUAACUUCUUCUCAUUCAAAACGUGCCUUAGAGUGUAAUGACUGCGGGGAGAGAUUUAGUGAAGUCUCAUCCCUUCAGAAGCACAAGGCGACGGUGCAUAUCAUAGAGAGUCCCGGGCUCACUUACACCAAUGGGAACGUUUUUGAAGGGGUCUCCAGGGUGGAUCUUUACCAGCUUCCAAAACAUCAUGAUAAGGUUGUUGGGGUGAUAAAUGCUGCUGCAGACUGGGAUACUGAGCCUGAGAUGGGAGAGAUGGCAUUAGAAGACAGAGAGCGAACUCUGUCUUUUCCAGCUUUGAUUCCAUCUCCAUCUUUACCUGUUCCUCCUCCAGAGGUUGAAGUGAGCGCCUAUGAAGAUAAGGGUGGAAGUAAAGCAGGAGCAGAUGAUCAGUCUCAUACCUCUCCAGAAGUUCACUCACCAUCUGAUCAACUGAAAAAUACGAAGAUCUCUCCGAAUUUCACAUCUGAAUCUGCUUUAAGUACCUCUACUCAGACAAAGAGUUUGGAGACCGGAGAUCCUUUGGCAUCAGAUGAAACCAAGCAAGAAAAAGGUCCCGUGAAACAACUCGACUUAGAAUCUGAAGUCCAGGCUACCGCAGAUGAAGACAUUAAAGAGGAUUUACUUCUCGAGGUAGAUUUAGUUACUGUUGGAGAGCAGAAUGAAAGAGAUGAUCCAGCUUCUCCUCAAGAAAGUGCUCCCCAAAAUGAAUCAGAGGGAACUCGUAUUUCUGAAGGUGGAAGUGCUGCAACAUUUGUAGCACCUGAGCAAACUGAUGAAACGACAGCUGAAAAAAGCUUAACUCUGCAAACUGUGUCGUGCUCCACACAUCAAGUAGAGAUCAAAGAAGAAGAGGAAGAAAUGUUAGUCCAGAGGAAAAAAGAAGGAGAGAAAGGAGGUGUAACAAGGAAUGCUACAAGGGGGACAGGACAUUUAAAAAGGGACGCGAUAUCUAAGAUAGUUUUAGGUGGAGAUACUGUCAGAGGAACAGAAUCAGACAAAGAACAAGAUGAAUGUCAUGUAGUUUACGAAAAAAAUCUCAUAACCUCUGAUUCAGAAAUUCAUGACAAAGGUGAGAGUGGCACAAGGACUUCACAGCCAGAGACCAAUCCUGAAUUUGAGGCCAACAAAGCUCCUGCUCCUGCCACAUGUUUGGCUUCCGUCCCUUCUACAUUAGAGGAAUCUCCUGAAGAACAAGUGGUGCUUGAGCUAGAGUCGGUUACCCCUAGUGUUCAAGAAGUCAUGAAUGAAGGAGAGCUGCAGGGAGGAGAGGAACACGGCAGGGAGGCUGACCAGUCUCCAGGUAUCAUACUGGAGAAGUUCCUCACCUCAGAGACUGCUGAUAAAGAGCUGUGUCUGAUGACCGCAAAGAGCAACCAAAGACAGGGUUCGGAAAGCAUUGCUGAGAAUGAAGUACAAGUGCCUGGGAGCCAGGAGAUCAAGGUUGAAGAGAAUAUCUCAGAUCCACCGCUGGCUACACCCACCUGUCAAAAUAGACCGAGUGCAAGUGUGCAGUCACAGCACCAUCGUGAUAUAAGAACGGUUCUGGUGAAAGAGGAGAGCAGUCUUAUGCUGAAUGAGACUCAGGCCUCACAGGGUAGCAGACACAUCAGAUGGAAUGUGGAGCCAGUGAACAAUGAAAACACUGCCACUCCAUUGAUGGAGAGUGUGGACACAAUAAGUGACUGUUAUGUCACCCCGGAGUUCAACACCAAUCAGUGUAUCUUCUACCCAGUGAAGGAGGAGGAGAGGGAGGUUCUACUGGGAGACACUCAGAUCAGCAGAGGGAGUUUAACGCCAGAGGGAUCCUGUGCUGAACAUCAGACAGAGCCUCAAACUGCAGAUAGUACUUUAAAUGAGGGGAGCCAUUCAACUCAAGACUACCAGGAAAUAGGAGUGAAAGGACUCCUGUCAGAACCAGGGGUCAGUGACUUUGCAGAUGGACAAGCUGAGGCAGAUGCUGAGUGGCCUCAUCUACCAGACCUCCGGGACUUUCUCCUCCGGAGUUCUGAUGAAGAGGACUUGGGAAGUUUUGAACUGUCUGAUCCUCAGGUUGAAUCAGAGACAGAAGUAAUGGCCUAUUUCUACAAGAACCAAACCAACGGUGCACGACAGCCAGAUCACACAUCACAAAAUUUGAUGACUUCAACGAGACAGCUCCAAGCACCAAGAGAUGCAAACAGGACCAGAGAGCCCAUUGAUUACUUCGCCAAAUAUUUUGGUUGGGAUACCUGGGUAGAAAUUGCCAGUUGCACAAAUAAGCUAUCCUGCAUGUCUAACCCAGUCAUAGCCAGAGAGGUUGCACAGUUUGUUGGGAUCCACAUUGCAAUGGGAACUUUGAAGUUUCCCAGUCCAAGGCUCUACUGGGAGGACUUGACUAAGGUGCCCUUAAUUGCUGAAGCCAUGCCACUUUCACGUUUCCUCCAGCUGUCUUGCAUGUUGAAGCUGGCUUCUCCAGCAAAAGAUCCAGUCACCAUUAAUGUUGGGGAAGGACAACAUGAUGGUGACUUUGGAAAUGGGCAGAAAGGUAAAACUCUGCCAAGCAGACGAUGUGUAAACUCUCAGCAUAGUGAUGGACAAUGCCAAGGUGACGAGCCAAAUGAUUUGAACAGCUCAAAAACACAGACUGAUCCCCUGUGGAAGGUUCAGCCAUUACUCUGCCGUUUCAAAGCAGGAUGCCAGUCAUUGACAAGAGAGGGUGAUUAUGCAGUCGACCAAUAUCCACUUCCUUUGACUGGGAAGAUGCACAACAACAAACUGUCUCUCCACUGCACUACUUUAAUUGGAUUUGGUGGUUUACUCUUACAUGUGGAUCUUAAACCGGAUCUCUCAGACAAAGAAAAUGCUGUAGAAAAAAUGGCCCCAAGAGGUAGUAUGCUGUUUCUUUGCAAGCAGGAACUCUCCACCCCUGCAAUGCUAGAACGCCUACUAGUUGCUGGGGUUCAUGGUGCAGGCAGGGUGGGGGGAGCACGAGGACAGAUCGGGGAUGAGUUUGUGAGCUCAGACGGGAAGUUGAUGUUACGCCGAUCACACUGUGGCUUCAUACUUUCUACUGCAGGAAAUGGCCAGAGGGACAUGGCUUCUCUCACUGACAACUUUGAGAAGGCCCAAAUGUCGGCUCGUCUCAGCAGAGAUUUGCGAAAUCUUUAUCCUAUUCCCCUCACUGCCUCGGCCCCAACCUGCUGGCCUCAAGCGGUGCUCUGGUACCUUAUAGAUCUGGCUUUGGUUAACUCCUGGCUCCUGUACCGACAGGAUCACAGGGCAGCUCCUGCACCUUUGACUCUCAUGGCCUUCAGACUGGAGGUGUCCAAGGCUUUGAUCCUCUCCAGUGGCUCUGAUACUCAGGACUCAGUUCCCCCUCAACCCCCCACAGAGAAGGCCCACACAACAAAUGAAACCCCCAAUCCCAGCCUGGUGGAGGAAAGUCCUCUGCCUGAUGCAGCCACACGGUACGAUGGUUCAGGCCACUGGCCAGAGCAACUCGCAGAGGGAGAAGGAGGCAGGUGUCGUUUUGGGGACUGUCAGAGAACAUCUCGAGUGCUAUGCCUUAAGUGCUGUGUCUUUCUUUGUAUCUCACGCAACCACAACUGUUUUUUGAAUUUCCAUAACCAAGGGAGUUUGGUAAAAGAGUAGUCUUUACCCUUUAUUUUUAACAUCUUACUUUCUGAUAUAGAAUGUAACUGUGCUUUUGGUGUAUGUAAACCCAGCUAAUCAAAAACAAUGGUAUUAUCUCCUCUGUCCUUACAACUUUUCCAUGAUGCCUUUCACUGGCACUGUCGUUCUUUUGUAUGAUUAUUGUGCUGCAUUUUAAAAAACAAAUGCUUUGUGAUGUGGCUUAUUAUGUCAUUGAGCAAGUGUAAAAAUGAAUUUGCCUUCAGAAGGAAAUGUAAAAAAAUAAAAUACUCCUAGCCAUACGCUUUGUUCUGCAAAAGAAGUGUAAAAUAUGAUGUUGAAAUUGCACCUGCCAUGAUAUUUUUUACUAUUUAUUUUAACCUGACCUAAAUGACAUUCCAUGAUGACCUUGUUUUUGGCUCGAAUGUUACACAUUAUUUAUUUGAAUUUCAGAAAACAAUAAAGAACAGAUACAAAAUA